AGAUUUAAAGGGAUGGAUGAAUAGUGUGUUUGAUUUUAAGGACAGGAGCACUUGCCUAACUUCAAUGUACUGCAGGUAACUGCUUUGGGUCACUGGACAGGUGUGACAAUACAGGCUAUUUUUAGAUACAGUCUAUCCAUUGAAAAUCCCACCUGUUUACCUAUAAGAUAAUAGGAUACGAUUUCAUAAGUGAAAAGGAGUUUUAAAAAUGUGUCAAACUGCUUGCGUGGCCUAGUUGGUUUAAAUUUCUGUGGUGGGAGAAAGCUUGGACUACUGAAUUCAUAAGUUUUUGGAGGAAUGCAAAUGUCAUUUGGUGACAAAACCUAGCUGCUGAUUCUAAGGCAUACGGUCCCUGUGUUAACUGUUUCCAUACAAGAAUAAUUGAACAUUUCAUCCUACUGGAUAUUUAUAAAUUUUCAAAAGUAUGUAGUAACGCAGAUCACAAUUGGCUGAAAUCCCUGAAGGGGAUUGUUUUUCCUCCAAUCAUGGAAGAUCUUCUAAAUCUGGACAAUUUGUCUCAGGAGGAGAAGGAGACGAUCCUCGGUGUCCUCCAGAAGGACGAGAUGGUCCGCCAAUCCGAGGACAAGAAAAUCUGUCAGCUGAAGGCAGAGAUCCAGGCUAUUCGUAUGAAGAGCGUGCUUCGAGCUGGUGAUGAUCUCUCUAAGAUGUGUGCACGUUGUCAUGCGGAGCUCGGGAUGUUCUUCAAUCGUGGUGACCUUUGUCCCAAAUGUCGCUUCCGAGUGUGCAAUAUGUGUAAAGAAAAUAUGUUCAGGGGACAGUGGCUCUGUGUACUGUGUUAUAAACAAAGGCAGCUGAAAUUUUUUACGGGAGACUUGAGUUCUGGUCAGCUGUCUCGAUGGCCAUCAGGGGCAGAUCUGGUCAAAGCCUCCAUCCACAAAAUGUCUGUGUUCAAAGGAGCAAGUAGUGACAGUGAAAUACUGGACUCCAGUGCAGCAAAGGAGGAAAUCAGAAAUGGGAAAGCUAUAUCCAACGGAACUGUGCAAUCAGAGGGGAAAGAAAAAAAAGACCGGGUUGAAUUCCCACAGGAAUCAGAUCAGAGGAAACUUAAUCAAUUAUUUGAUGCCUUUAGAGUGCCCAAAACCAAAGAGCUUUCAAGUAAAACUCACUCAACAGUGAGGAAAGUGACAUCCAAAAAGUAUGAGGAAUCGGAUUCUGAUUCAGACUCUUCUGUGUCAACUGACACAGAGAAAAACCAAAAGGAAGUCCGAAAGUCUUCACCCAACAGGAAAGUGGAUAGUGUUGAUAGUGUCAGUAAAAAUAUUCCUGUAUCAAGCUCUGGGACAGAUACCAGCAAAAGUAAUGUUUCAAAGGAUAAAAAACUACAGAGGAACUUGUCUGAUGAUUCAGAUCAGACACUUGUGUCGGAUGAUGUUCCGUUUUCGAAAAGUAGCACAGAGACACAGAUUAAAGUAGAUGUACAGUCUGAUGAAUCAAACUCGCCAACACUGUCAGUAAGUAAAACAAAUGAAGUGAAAGCAAAUUCAGUGGAGGAUUUUGUGAAAAACAAAUCACCCAAAGGUACACUGAAGCAGACUGCUACAGAAAUUGUAAUGGCAAUGAAAACAACCAAUCCUUCAUUAACUCCCAAUCAAAACCACCAGAGUAAUUCUCAACAUACAGAUACAAAGAAGUAUAUGCCAGGGAGAUCCCCUUCCCCAUAUUCUUUUGACAGUAUUCCUUCAUCUCAUGCUAAUUCACCUUUACCUGUGAAAAAGAGGGACAGUCAUGUCAGCAGAGAAUCUUCCGAUACGGAUUCUACGUCUCGGAUGAGUACUGCGGAUUACAGUGGUACAGAAUCCUCUCAUGUUCGUGAGAGCAGUAGUGGUGCUGAGGAUUAUGUGGUAGAAGAACUAUCCAAAGUUCGAUUUCGACGGAUGUCCAAAAAUUUCGUAGAGAAAAGAAAGACAAAAAGUCCACCUCCUGGGUGUGAUCACACUGCUGUAGGUUUGGUGAGAGAGGGGCAAUUGGGCAACUCUCCUUUAGACCCAUCUAAAAAUUUUCCCCCCUCUAAGUCACCCCAACUACCUCCCCAAAAUGUAUCCCCAAAGGUAUUUGAAAAUCAUCAAUUUGUGAGAAUAUCUGACACCUCUGAUUGUGAAGUUCCUGCCAAUGUGUCUUCAGAUUUAUCAUUGUUUGACAUUGAGAGAGACUGUCACUUGAACCCUGAAGUUUAUGAUAUCAGCGAUUUAGCGAAAGUCUCCAGAUCCAUUCUGACACAGCCUCAGUCAGACCUGGGCCCUCCAGGAAGAAAGAAAUCACCCAGACCACAGAAAAAGGAGAGACAUAAAAGUGCAGGUGUUCGUGAACAGUCUGUCGGUGAAGGUGAAGAAAAAUGUGUGAAAUCAAAACAAGAAUAUGUACACCAUGUACAAAUGAUGGACAUUAACACUAAAGAAGAAAUAAAUUCUAGGAAUUCAAGGUCAAGUAAAACAAAACCUAGAGAAACUAUAACUGAACCUGAAGUGUCAAGGAAGUUAAUCGUGUUCAACCCAGAUGACCUGGAGUCUGACUCCACUGAUUCCAACCAGGAAAUGGAUCUUCAAACCAAUCUGAAAACAAAUCUUGCAACCAAUCAAAAAAUGGAUCUUCCGACCAGUCAGAAAACAGCUUGCAAAACCAGUCAAGAGACAGAUUUUCAAACCAAUCAGAAAACAGAUAUUUCAUCAAAGAGGAGUAAAAAUUCUAUUGAACAGGAGGACAGUGUUCCAGGUCCUGAUGAAGAGGGUAUUUUAGCAAACAGAUUACAAGACUGUGAUGAUGUUCAGGAGAGAAACCAUGAGGUUAUCAACGAAAACAUUGUCCUGGAUGAUUCUGGUAAACAUGACAGCUUUGAUUCAUUGCUUGAGUCUUCGCUUUUUCAAAAUUUUAGGUUAUCCUCCAUUGAUGACAGAAAGAAUAGGUUUGAGUCAAUUGAAAGUUUUGAUCUUUCUCCUCUGACACCUUUGUCUGACAGCAAGAUUGGAACCAAACCACAAACCUAUACUUUUGCUUUUGUAAAUGACAGUGUUUGGACAAAUGAAAGCUCAGAAAAUGUUGGAACAACUGAAGAGGACUUUGAUGAAAUCUUCAACAAAGCUAUUUCUGAUCUAGAAACUAGUGAACCAAAAAGAAAACCUGUUCGAAAGAAAAGAAAAAAAUCUCAUAGGCCUAGUACUGGCAGCAACAAAGACCUUGAGGAGAUUGCAGAAAAUGUGGAGGACAGUGUGGACAUUGUGGAAGAUAAUACGAGAAGCUUCCAAAAGGAAUUUGGAGAGCACCAUGAUUUCAGGUUCUCUGUUGAUGAUAGCCCACCAGGCCAGGAUCAAAAUGGUCAGGAAUCGGAAGGUUUCAAACAAAAAAUACAAAAAGCAAAGGAAAAUGAAGAUCUGUCAUUUCUGUGGAGAUUUGAAGAUGACACACUUAAAGAUGAGUUUCAGCAAGUGUUUGGAAGUGUCCAAGAGUCACCACACAAACAAACAUAUGCACAGAAUAGAGCAUUCCUUCGUAAAGCAUUUGCUACAUCAAAUGAUUCUCUAAGCACAGAAUCAGAUGCACUUAGUGUUAUUCAAGAAGAGAAUAAUAGCAGUGACAAUAGCAAUGAAGAUGUAGAAGUGUAUUUGCAUGAUAUUGAAGAAGAAGAAGAUACUGCAUUAUCAACAGAAUGUGCAGAAAGUAAUGUCGAGAAAGUGCAUGUUGACAGUCAAAAGAUUUCGGAUGAGAAAAUUGUUGAUGGUUCAGAGGGAAUAGAUGAAAUUAUAAUACUCACGGAAAACACUGGUAAAAUGAGUAUCAAAAUAGAAGCAGAGAAGGAAAUGGAUACUUUGAUGAAUAACAAUGUGAUAAUUUUAGACUCAAGUUUAAAUGAACAGUCAUCAACUGACCAUGUUAAAGAAGAAGUGACUGAUGUUAAAGAUAUGAAUGAGGAAGAUACAAGCAAUGAUUUGCAAAGAUCUCCUGUGCUUGAAAAAGAGAAAAACAGAGAGGUACUUAAUACAGAAAGCAGUCUAAGCAAGAUGUUGCUGACUUCUAGCAAGAUUGCAUUGAUGACCUUACAAACCUCUGAAUCUCCAGCUGAGAAGUCUAUCACCUCCACUGAAAACUUGGUGUCUUCCCUAGAAGCUGACAUGAGUUUAGAUGAAGAAGGUUCUCAGGCUAGUGAGGACCUCCUGCUACAACAGAUCAUUCAAAGCCAAAAUAAUAGAGAAGACAGCAGUGUGCAGGACUCUUCUCCAGACAGUCAAACCGAAAAAGUAAGGAAAAGAACCAAAAGUAAACAGUUGGUUCAGGAAUGGCUGCAGACAGAUGUUCCCCGGGAAGUAAUGGAGGAUGUUCCUGUUGACAUACCUAGUCCAGAGUGGCUGGAAAUGGAGGAUCCUGAGGGGGUUGUUCCCACACCUGCUCCUGCCCUUGCCCCUCUCUCCCUACCUAUAUCAGAAGGUGGUCAGAAAUCUGCUGACUUUUACCCCAGCACUGUUCCUUUUGUCCCCAUUCUUCAGCUAGAGGAACACUCAGAGAGAGCAGAGGGAGGAACCACCCGACUGUCCCCCAGGGCAAGUUCAGAGGGUUCGGGGAGUUUUGAGGACAGCGGUCAUGUUAGUGGUGCUUCUACAGAAAACACCCCUGAACAUCGCCGCACGGACAGUACAAUCAGUCAACUAUCAGUGCCUUCAUCCACCUUAUCUACUGUUACUGACCGUUCAUCAGAGGACACAGACAUUGAUGACCUGGUGGCCUCUCAUCGUUGCCUUAGCGCCAGUAGUCGUGGAAACCUCCUAUCAACAAUAGCUGAUAGUCGAGAAAGUAUCCUCAGUUUCUAUAGCAAUGCAGGAGAGGUGGAUUAUGGGAAAAUUCCAGUUACGGGGGAGAUAUGUUUUGGUCUGGAAUAUAACUACAGGACUGGAACCCUGGAGAUCCAGAUCAAACAAUGUAAGGGUCUGGCUCCAGCUGACACCAAAAGGAACAGAUCCGAUCCAUAUGUCAAAACUUACCUUCUUCCUGACAAAACCCGAGGAGGAAAAAGGAAGACACGAAUUAUGAAGAACACCUUACACCCAGUAUUUGAGCAGACUUUGAGGUACUUGAUUUCAAAGAGUGAACUUGAGAACCGUACUCUCUGGGUCACAGUCUGGCACAAUGACCGGUUUGGACGCAAUGACUUCCUGGGAGAGGUCACCAUCAACUUUGAUUACUUUCGGUUCUCUGAUUCUUCUGCCAAGUGGUACCCACUUCAAGAGAGGAUCGAGUCACAGCCAACUGCCAAUUUAACCUACAAGGGAGAUCUAUUCUUAAGCAUGAAGUUUGUCCCUCCAGAAAAAGUCAAGAAAGAGGACACAGUGACCUCCCCUUCCAAGAAGAAGAUCAAGAGGGGAAGGUCAGAGGUUGGAGGUCCAAAGGGUCAACUUCAUGUCCUUAUUAAAGAGGCCAGGAACCUGAGUGCAGUCAGAAGCAGUGGCUUUUCUGAUCCUUUUGUUAAGGGGUACUUGCUGCCAGACAAACAGAAAGGCUUGAAACAGAAGACUUCUGUAGUCAAACGCAACUGUAAUCCCAUGUGGAAUCACACAUUUGUGUUUGAUGAUGUGUCCAAAUCUGAUCUCAAGGAAAGGUGCCUGGAACUCACUGUAUGGGACCAUGAUAAACUGAGCAGUAAUGAGUUCCUUGGGGGACUCAGAUUUAAUCUUGGUGUUGGUAAAAGUUAUGGAAAGCCAGUAGAUUGGAUGGAUGCCCAUGGAGAGGAGAUUUCAUUGUGGCAGGCCAUGCUAGACCGACCCAAUAUCUGGAUAGACUGUGCCCUCAUGUUACGACCCAACAUGGACAAACGCAAAUAUUAGACAUUAUCACCAACCCAAUAUCUGGAUAGCCUUCAAUCAUAUGACAAAGGCAAAUAAUAGACAACAUCGCAGACCCAAUAUUUGGAUAGACUGUGUCCUUUUACUAUGAUCCAGGAUGGAAAACCGCAAAUAUUAGAUAGCACUUUAAAAAAAAAUUCAUUCAAUAUUUCUUCUGCAAAUGUAGCAUGUUAAGCAAAAGUGAUGUUUGCUUUGUGAGAAUCUCAUUCACUUGUUCAAGAUCAGUAUGCUGUAAGAGUUAUAUAUUUUAUCUUCAGUUGCUUUUUUGGGGGGAUGGGGUGGGGGGAGAGGAAAAUACUGUAUGAUAUAUAUUUCAAAUGUGAACAUGGAACUCCAGUCUUACUGAUGAUUUUUUUUUGAUGUCAUGAGAAAACAUUGCUUUAUUCAAAUUUCUGAGUGUGCAGGAAAAGUGAAAGUUGAAUGACUGUUUAAAGUUUACAUUAGAUUUGUGCAAUGAAAGAUUAAAAGCAUAAUAUAUUUCAUAUGCAGACAACAAAAUAGUCUAGAUAUUAAGGAUGUUUGUAAUAUAAGGCCAUGGGAUAGUAUGGUACAAUUAAAAGAUUAAAUGAAAGAUUGGCAGUGCAGAAUGAUGGUAUAUCUCUCAGUAUUUUUCUCUGUAUUAUACUUGCAUGUAUUUAAAAUAUUCACUUUCAAUAUAUUGGUUUGUAGAAUUAAAUUUGAUGUUAUGUUAUAACUCUAUGGUAUUAAUUAUUUAUUGUGGACUCCACAGGGUUGAUUUGUCUCAAACGGUCUUUGAAUUCUAUGUUAAAUAUGUAAUAAAGGUAAUGAUUUUUAUUCACAGUUGGGGAAUAUUUUACUGAUAUUUAUAUUAUUUGGUAAGCUUCAUAUACCUGCACCAGAUCUGAAACCUUAUAUACUUCCUGUUAAUUAUUUACUGAGUUUUGUUUAUACCUGUUGAUAUCUGUUACUAUGGGUAAUAUUUUAUCGUUAUUGAAUAUGUUUCUAGAUGUUACAUUAAAUCCAUUUCCAUGUGCUGUGUUUAUUGUAUAAUUGAUAACAUGUAGAAAAUGAAACUUUGCUCAACACUAGCAUUUGUAGGCCAGAUUUGGGCCAGUAUUGUAUAGAAAAGAAUGCUUAUUUUGCUUUCAUUGACUUUUUAAAUUUACAAGCAAAUGAUGGCGACAAAAACGUCCGUUUGAAGUUGUACAUAUAUAUAGUUGUAAAUGAGAAGAUAUGAGGUAGAGUUUGAUAGCUUGAAAUGCGAUGGAAAUUGAAAGUGCAUACAUGUAUACAUGUACAUAUAUCCUUUCUUGUUCUUUGCAAGUUUUUUGAAUUUUUAACUGUAAGAAUUUCCAAAUUCAUUCUGCAAAGUAGAAAUUUGGUCAUUCUACUUCAUCAUAAAUAAAAAAAAAUGUUACAAUUUAUUACAGAAAUGAGGAAAUCCUAUUGUAAUAUUUAUUACGUUUUUUUCCUGUUGGUCUCUAUUGUUACUGUACAUAUAAAUUAUUACUUACUGUUGAUAUCU